AUGACAUCAAUAGUUGUGACAAUUGAUGAAAUUUUGGAUCAAUUGAUGACUGAAAACAAACGACUCGUCAAAGAGUUAUUGUUUGCCAACAAAUGUCUGAAUAUUUUGGAUGAAUUGAAAACUGAAUUGAAUUUGAUUUACAAUAAGUUUGAAAUAAAACUUAAAACCGAAGAUAAAUUUAACCAAUUAAGACAUCAAUUGAAUUACAUAUGUAGUCAAAAACUAAAUAAAGCAAUCGAUGAAAACGAUAAUUCAUUAAAUUGUUACACAAAUAAUGGAAAAAAUAGCAUUUGUAUAACACAAGAGACAAGUGAUAAUUGGAUCAAAUGUAAAGAAGAAACUGAUUGCCAGACAUCGAUUUCAUCUGAUUUUGAUGAUAAUAACAUUAUAAAUGAACAGAAAUUAUGUGAUUCACACAAACAAAGUGAUGGUUUAAAUGAAGAAGUCUUGUCAAAGAAGGAAUACUUAAAAGAUGUCAACAAAAGUAUUAAUAAAUGUGUAAAACAAGACUUAUCUCCAAAUGAGGAAUACUAUGAUUUGAGAACUGAUACAUAUAUUUGUCCGCAAAACGAUUGUCACAAAUCUAUUAAAGAUUUAAAGAAAUUUUUGUUACACAAGAAGACAUGUAAACCAAAUAAAUCGAUUUAUAAGAGAAAUUACGACAUAAAUGGAAAAUAUUUGUGUCGUUAUGACAAUUGUUUCAAGAGUUACGCUGCAAGAAGUGGUCGACGAAUGCAUGAGAGGUAUUAUCACGAAAGACAGACAUUAAUGAAAUGUCAACAAAAGGAUUGUCAGUUUGAAUGCAUUCACGACAACCAAAUGAAAAUACAUUUGAAUAGAAAACAUUCUGUUGUCAAACCAUUUGUUUGUCCCAUAAGUGGAUGUAAUAAAGCAUUAAAAUCUAAGGAAUCGUUUCAAAAGCAUUCACUAAUUCAUAAAAAUUUUGUAAUUAAAUGUCAAUUCGAUGGAUGUCAGCGACAGUUCAGAAAUGAAUCCCAUUUAAAGAGACAUAUGUCUCAACAUAAAAGUGAACCGACACUCAAAUGUUCAGUUAAGGGAUGUCUGGAAAUGUUCUUUUCAGACAAUCAAAUGGUUAGACACGGAGUGUUGGUUCACAAUAAGAUAAAGAAAAAAAAGCCAGCAAUUAAUAAACAAUGUGAUUGGCCCGGAUGUGACUAUUUUGGUAAAUCAAUUUCCAGCCAUAAGUUAGUUCAUACGGGAGUCAAACAAUUUGCCUGUCUUUGGCCACAAUGUAGCAAACGGUUUACAUCUAAUCAUAAACUCACGGAUCACAUGAAUAUUCAUAAUAAUGUUAAACCGUAUGCUUGUCGUUGGCCAGGAUGUGACUACCGAUGCGCUUCUCAUUCAAAUAUUAACAAACAUAUGAAACAAGUGCACCAAAAAUAA